AUGAAACAAUCGUCGACAUCCGGAAGUUCAGCUUCUGAAAUAUCACGGAAAAAGGCACAAACAUCGUCUAAAAGACGUCCUCUGAAACUGGAGUCAAUUGGUUCCGUGGGUGAGGAUGAAAAAGUAUCUGUCAAAGUUGUUGUCAUUGAGAAACCAGGUACCCGUGGUAAAUUGAAACCGAUUUCCCACAUUCAAACAACCAUCUCGACUCAAUUGAAAACUAUUUUGACCAAUGUUCUUCGUGAGCAUUAUGAAGGGGUUCCAAUUGAAAGAAUGAGUUCUUAUAACAUUUUGUUCGCUUUCCGUGAUCACAAGAAUGCCCAAAAACUCCGACGUAUUCGUAAAGCUGACGUAGAUAGUUUGAAGAUGAAUCACUUCCCAACACUAUAUGGAAGUGUUGUCAUCGUAAUGGACUUGAUUAACUACGUUGAGAAAGGGAAGAAAAUUCCGAUCAAAAUCGAUUUGGACGAAGACUAG